GUGAAGGGGUUUGAGGGCCGAGCCGAGUGAGGGAAACUAAACACGCAUAUCGGCUCCUCGGCGGGUUUGGGGCGGAUAAACUUUGAUGUAGCAAAACGUUUUUGUUUUUCGUCGGCCUGCCUCGUCUGAGUCGCCUUUACGUGGAGUGGGUCUGUGGGUCUGUGGGAGUUUGGACCCGCGCACGGGAAACGCACCGCUCUCUUCCCAGCUGCCCAACAAGGAAGGCUUACUCCUACUUCCUGCUUCAGCACAGUCGGCCAGGAUGGCGGUCACCCCUCGACGCGUCCGCCUCAAGCCGUGGCUCGUGGCCCAGGUGGACAGCGCUCGGUACCCGGGUCUGGUUUGGGUCAACCGGGAGACCAUGCGCUUCAGGAUCCCCUGGAAACACGCCACGAGACACACACCCCAGCACGAGGACGAGGACACCAUAUUUAAGGCGUGGGCUGUGGAGACCGGGAAGUUUCAGGAGGGAGUUGAUGAACCUGAUCCUGCUAAGUGGAAAGCCCAGCUUCGCUGCGCCCUGAACAAAAGCCGGGAAUUCAAACUCGUCUAUGACGGCACCAAGGAAGUCCCCAUGAAUCCCUUGAAGGUAUAUGAUGUCUGCGACAUCCCACAACCCAACAGUAACCAAACUCCUUCAGAUGCAGGUUCACAUACUCCUUAUGAUGAUUUUGGAGAGGAUCCCGACACACCAGACUCUCUUCCUCCAUAUCCGUCAAAUGGCACCAGUCCUUCUCCACACCUUAUGUGGUCUCCAAUGGGCUCCGAUUCUUCCGUCCAGCCUCCCAGCUGUCCACCUUCGAACGAGGUCUGGCCCAAAGAGGAGCCGGGCAAAAACUGGCCAAAAGAGGAGCCCGCAGAUAUCGAGAUGCCCCCCUCAAACCUGGAUGAACUGCCCCCUGCCCCUCUGCCCGACCCCAUCCUGCAGCCUGCUCCUCUUUCUGACAUCUUCUUUGCCUCUCCAGAAACGUGGAUCAGCUCCCUCCCAAUGACAGACUUGGAGGUGCAGUUCCUGUACAGAGGAAAGGAGGUGUGUCCUACCAUGACUGUGAGUAACCCGCAGGGUUGCAGGCUGUUCUACGGGGACCUGGGGCCCAUGGUCAACCAGGAGGAGCUGUUCGGACCCGUGAACCUGGCACAGCUGCGCUUCCCGAACACAGAGCACAUCACCAACGACAAGCAGAGGAUCUUCACCAAUCGGCUGCUGGAUGUGAUGGACCGAGGUCUGAUCCUGGAGAUCAGGGGCCACGAUAUUUAUGCAAUCCGCCUCUGCCAGUGCAAGGUGUACUGGUCGGGCCCCUGUGCUCCAAACCCAGCUGCGCCAAAUCCGAUCGAGCGGCAGAAGAAGGUCAAGCUCUUUUGUCUGGAGUCAUUUCUCAGCGGUGUUGUAGCGCAGCAGCGUGGCCAGGCGACCAGCCCUCCUCAGUUUGAGAUCAGCCUCUGCUUCGGAGAGGAAUGGCCCGAUGGGCGACCCAAAGAGCGAAAACUCAUCAUGGUCCAGGUCAUUCCUGUGGUGGCUCGGAUGAUAAGCGAGAUGUUUUCCGGAGACAACAACCUGUCAUUUGACAGCAGCAGCGUGCGCCUGCAGAUUUCAAUCCCGGAUAUAAAGGACAAUAUCGUGAGCCACCUGAAGGAGCUGUACAGCCUGCUGCAGAACCACCAGGGCCAAGAGGGGUGGGCUCUGCCCCCCAACUCAGGCCUGAACAUUGCCCAGGCUCUGCAGACUCAGUGAAGCUGUGAACCAACAGUUUGAUACAAAUCAUCAAUAUUAUCCACCACUGCAGGGCUUUAGGAAACAAGUACUUGUAUGUAAUCCUGAUUAGAAGUGUGCACAAUAUACUUUUUGUGCCGUUCAGCUUUUUCUUGUAAAACUGCGCGACGUGGUUGUGCAUUAGUCUGUGCAGACGCUGCAGAUAGUUGGUGGUUCUGCAGGCCAAAGUCCGCCUCACUGCAGAGGAAUAUUUAUCGUAGUUAAUCAGUUACAGAUAUUGUUCUGAGUUAUCUCUGUCUAUAUCCAGUUUGAUUGUCCGACAAAACGAGAGGCUUAUGAAACUGGUCAUGUUUUUUCUGUAAUUUUUUUUUUACACUUUUUUUUAAUAGAAAAAAUGCAUCCAGCAAGAGAUUUCUGUUUUUUGGAAAAUAAAAAUGUAGAUAAAUGUGAAUGAAAGUAGGGAUGGAUAUGGAUUCUUCUACAGUGCACAUAAGAAUACGUGGUCUACAUAUGGUUCCCCUCUUUAUUGUCCUUUUGAAUUAAGGGAGAACAUUUUCUCAUGGGAAUGUUUGAGUUCGACCAGCUGCUUCUCUUCUGGCGUCUUUAAAAAAAAAAAAAAAAAAAAAAUUUCCAUAUGAAAUGUUGAAUAUUUUUGUACACAUUUUAGCGACAGAUUGUAUUGAAGCAAUCUGUCGCUAAACCCGACAACAUUCAUAUGAAUUUGUCCUUCUCUUUGCACUUUGGGGUGCUGAAAUGUUUUAUGAUCUUCUGAAUCUAUUUACCUUAUGAUUACAUGUUUUAUCAAUAAAGAUACUGUUGAACACA